AUGGGAAGCAACGAUUCUACAGAAUCAAGAGACAUAUUUGGAAAUCUUGAGACCAAAGAAUUUCAUCCACUAUUCGGCAAUCUGAACGAAAGCCAUCAGCCAGUUAAUGCCAACUCAACACAACAUUCACGUGAAGCAGUCAAAAUCAUCGCAUCACCGAAGUUCCUGAAUGGUUACGACGAGUUGAAAGUGCUCGAUACGAAACAUUUGAAGGUCGGUGCUGUGGUACGGAAUAAGGAAGAUCGUAAACUACUGCAUGGCUAUGACUGCAAAUGCUGUGCGUCAUACUACAACGGUCUUGGACUGAAUACUCAGCAAAGAGUGAAUCGAAUUGAUCAGGUGAGUCGUCAUCGAGCACUUGAAAUGCAACCGCCAACUCCGGAACACUACUGGGAGGUUGGCAUGGCCGAUCGCGCGGAACAACAACGUCGAGGACAAAUUAUGGAGAGUGACUCACCGUUCGCGUUGAACACACGCCAUGCGCAUUACAAACACGUUGUGAAC